AUAAAAAAUUCACACCUCAUCCAUUUUUUCCCGAAACUCAAAAAUACCGUUUGUUCUUCAAGAAAAUCCCCUCAAAUGAAAGAAAAUCUCUUGUUAAACGCAAACCCCACAUCAAAUUCUUCACUCCAAUUCCUUUCUUUCCAUGGUAAGACAAAAGCCCAAAUUUCAUUUUUGAAAGCACCCUCUUCUCUUCCCUUUUCUUCAAGAUCCUCUUCUUCUUGUUUCGUCCCACUUUGUUCUUCCACUCCUUAUACUAGUUCAACUACAAAGGAGUUCAAUUUGGAGUCCAAUGGAUUGCCCCAAACCUCAAAAUCUAAUCUUGAUGGAGAAUCCAAUGAGAAUUACAAUGUGGGGAUUGGUCAUCCAAUCGUCCCAAAUUUUAUUCCAACUCAAAAGAUGAGUUUGAGUGAUCAAGCCUUCUAUCUGUUCACUUUUAUUGCUUGUACGGCUUCUUUGGCGUUUACAAGUCUGGUCAUUGCAGCUGUUCCUACACUGUUUGCCAUGAGAAGAGCUGCGGUUUCUCUUUCCAAGCUCGCAGAUACGGCUCGGGAGGAACUUCCCAGUACAAUGGCUGCGAUUAGGCUUUCGGGCAUGGAAAUCAGUGAUCUUACACUGGAACUAAGUGAUUUAAGCCAAGAGAUAGCCGAUGGUGUGAACAAAUCAGCUCAAGCUAUGCAGGCCGCUGAAGCUGGAAUUCGACAGAUCGGUUCGCUUGCCCACCAACAGACUAUGUCAAUGAUUCAGGAAAGGGCUAGUCUACCUAUCAUCUCUAUACAACCCGUUGUUGCCGGGGCUGCUAGAAAAACUUCUCAUGCCGUCGGCCAAGCCACAAAGACGAUCAUGAAUAUCAUACAUCGAGGGGAAUCUGAGUCAGAGAAUGACGAUGAUAGUGUCAUUGAUCGAGUUGAAAUCUAAGGACUACAUUGCUUCUCAACACUGAUGGUCUGUGUACAUAAAGAGCUAAGACUUGGGACCGAACUUGUUUAAUUUUCCAACAGCAUAUAAUAUGUCGGAAAAUAUACACUAAUAUAAGUUCAAUAUGUUGCAUAUAAUUAAUGAAUAUAUUGUGGUUUGAAAUUAACCCUUUUUUC